GGCCUUCCAGAGAUGCCCCAGCCUGCGGAGUAUUUCCCCUGGCGCUGGCUGAAGGAGGGCAGGGAGUCUCGGACGCUGGUGCUGGUGGUGGUAUUCGUUGCGCUGCUGCUGGAUAACAUGCUGCUCACUGUUGUGGUACCUAUUGUCCCCACCUUCCUUUAUACAACUGAAUACGAAGGUGCUAACAGCUCUGCUACCCCAGACCAGACGGAGUCUGCUCCUUUGGCCUUCAAGGCUCUUCCUUUCUCCUCCAUGUUCUCCUAUUUUGACAACACCACAGUGAUCAUCUUGGACUACUCUGCCAACAGCACCACGGAGCAGGAGGACGUGACUGAAAGCAGCGGCUUGCCUCAGCUCCCUGAGACCAGCCCACCACCAGAAAGCAGCUGCCUGGAGGGUGAGGAGUUCCUCACCAACGAAAAUGUCCGUGUGGGGCUGCUGUUUGCCUCCAAGGCUCUCAUACAGCUCGUUGUCAACCCAUUUGUGGGUCCCCUGACCAACAGGAUAGGAUACCACAUCCCCAUGUUCAUUGGAUUCACCAUCAUGUUUCUCUCCACAGUCAUGUUUGCUUUCUCAGGCACCUAUACCUUGCUGUUCAUUUCUCGAGCGCUCCAAGGCAUUGGUUCAUCAUUUUCAUCAGUUGCAGGCCUGGGAAUGCUGGCCAGCGUGUACACGGAUGACUCCGAGAGAGGCAACGCAAUGGGGAUCGCUCUAGGAGGCCUGGCCUUGGGUGUGCUGAUCGGGGCCCCCUUUGGAAGCGUGAUGUACGAAUUUGUUGGGAAAUCAUCUCCCUUUCUGAUCCUGGCAUUCUUAGCCCUGCUGGAUGGAGCUUUACAGCUUUGCAUACUGCAGCCCUCUAAGAUCUCCCCUGAGAGCGCCGAAGGCACACCCGUGUUCACCCUGCUGCGGGACCCCUACAUCCUGGUCGCUGCAGGAGCCCUCUGCUUCGCCAACAUGGGGGUGGCCAUGCUCGAACCCACGUUGCCCAUCUGGAUGAUGCAAACCAUGUGCUCCCCAAAAUGGCAGCUAGGGAUGGCAUUCCUUCCUGCCAGUAUAUCCUACCUCAUUGGCACCAAUCUCUUUGGGGUUCUGGCUCACAAAAUGGGGCGGUGGCUCUGCUCUCUCAUCGGAAUGGCUGUGGUGGGAAUUAGUCUCCUCUGCGUACCUCUGGCAAAAAAUAUUUACGGGCUGAUUGCCCCGAACAGUGGGCUUGGCUUUGCCAUAGGAAUGGUGGACUCCUCAAUGAUGCCUAUUAUGGGUUACCUGGUGGACCUUCGCCACACCUCUGUCUACGGCAGCGUCUACGCCAUAGCUGAUGUCGCCUUCUGCAUGGGCUUUGCUAUCGGUCCAUCCACAGGAGGUGCAAUUGUACGGGCUAUUGGAUUUCCUUGGCUGAUGGUCAUCAUAGGAGUUAUCAACAUUGCUUACGCUCCUCUUUGCUGGUAUCUGCGCAGCCCUCCCGCUAAAGAGGAGAAGAUUGCAAUUUUAAGCCAGGAAUGCCCCAUGCAAACCAAAAGCUACACCACGCAGAAAUCACUGAGAGAUUUUCCUCUCACAGAUGACAGUGAUGUGGAGGCAGAAGAUGCAGAAUAGCAACUGCAAAGAUGUGUGCCCUGUUUUGAAGCUAUGUUAUGUUUACAGAGCCAUGGACAUAUUAGCACUCGAGAAUAAUAACUUAGCCUCUCACAAAACUGGUGGACACAGGAAUCCUGGCUGCACCGUUCACCUGUUCUCUUGGCCAUGCAAUCCACAUGAAGAAAAAAGAACCAGGAUUUGAGGGCUCCAUACGUUUAGCUAUGCCACGCAUUUGUUGUGUGACCUCUAGGCAAGUCACCCAACCUCAUCAUGUCUCAUCUCUUAAAAGGUUACAAAGACAGGAAAACCCUAUCAUCCUGCCCUACAGGAGAGUAUUUUCCUGGGCACAAUCCACCCCUGCUGUAAGAGAUAACAUCAACAUCUCUCCCAGACAAUUUCAGUGAUGUUUGUUAAUGUCUUUAAAGUGCUUACUGCUCUUAGAAGAAAAGCAAUGCAGAAGACUAAUAUAAAAUCAGCAGCAGCAACUUUGAAAAAUUUCUUUCUCUGGAAUUCUACUAAUCUCCAGCACAAAAUCUGGCUGUGACAACAGGGCACCAUCCAUCUCUGUCACUGCCAGUCUGCCAAUAAAGAUAUCAUUAUGCUAUUAACGUGCUCCAUGCUCACCUGAAGUUUGUUUAAUAAAAAAUCCUCCAUUAUCUUGGUAAACCUUUAUGUGCUGUG